CACACGCUCGAGCGGACCGGCCUCGUCUCGUACCCAGUUUCCACCGAUCGGCGUCCGUUCGUUGAUCGCUCGUUGAUCGACGGCACAGCGAGAUGAAAACAGCAUUGCCAAUUUCCAACACGCUCGCGAAUCGAUCAACGUGAAUUCGACCGGGCAAAGAAGAGAGGAGGGGGAGGAGGAGGAGAAGAAGAAAGGAAGAGAAAUCGCGUUUUUUCCCUCAUCUCCGGUGCACACACGUGGCUACUUGUUCGUGAAACGGGACAAAACAGCGGUGUGUAGCAAUCGUUCGACGAGUGACGGGGGGGAGGAGUCGAUUCCCUACGUGCGAACAUUGGAUGGCUCGGUCGGGGAAAUAGUCUACUAGAGUAGAUAGAAACGGAUGAAUGAGCGUGGGAUGCAUUGAGCUCGUAGUGGUAGGUCCUCUUCCGUUUGUUUGGAUCGUAGACCGAGUGGACGCAUAAUAUAUUGCACACAGAUUCGAGAAUAGCUCGUGUGUCAAUCGCGUGUAUGACAAUUCGAUCGAUUAACGAGACAAGGAGGUUAAUUAAGGAGCUUAAGUAAUUGUUAUAUAGACGUUUGUCUAAUUUCAAUCCUAAGCUCGAUAUAUAUAUACAAUUCUAUCUCAUCUAAUAAUAAGAGGAUAAUUAACACCAAAGGUAAAGGGGGGAGGGAAAAAUCUAUCGUAACGAAGAUGGAAUAUCUACCUUCCUUGUCCAAAUUCUUCUUCUUUCUUUCGAAUUCGUAAAAUCUGUCGGGUUGAAAAGUCAAGGUUAAGGCCAAAGAUUUAUGCGUUCGAUAUACCCGAAACACGUCACGAGCAAUCGCGUUCACCUUUCGGCAUGAGUCCAAAGAUCGCGAGCGAGCCUGUUAAUCGUUCCUCCUUCUAUCGCUACAAUUGUCUCUCGUACAGUUGACUGGUUGUUAAAAGAAAGGAAGAAAAAUCGGCGAGAUCUUGCGAGAACGAUUCCUCGAUGCAUCCUCCGCGAUCGAAGGGAAAAACGGAGUCGUGAUCGAUCAGAUGCGACAGACAGAGAAGUGAAUAACAAAGGAACUGACAGUUGGCCAGUGAUAAAUGCGGUUUAGAACCAGAACCAGACGCGCCUCGUGCCGGAAGUCGAUGGACUCGCGAAGCUGACGAAAGCUGUUCCACGUAGGCGAUCGUGUAAACGGUGGUGCUCGUUCACCCGAUUCUUCACCCCCCUCUGUUUACCCGAGCGAAGUGCAAGGUACACGCGAGUUCUCCGCACUUUCACGGGGUUCGCCGCGAUACACGGGGCAAGAAAAUGGCGCAUUUUCGACGACCAGCCAGGCGGGAGCACUACAAACCCUUUGGAAGAAGGAAGGGCUCGGCAGACUCGAACUACUCACAGCCGAGCUCGGAUCUCUCGCUGGACGAGGAGAAAGAGAGCUUGCGUCGUGAGAAGGAAAGGCAGGCCCUCAAUCAACUUGAAAAAGCCAGGACGAAACCGGUAGCGUUUGCGGUGCGGACCAAUGUGAGCUAUGACGGAUCCGUCGACGAUGAUUCGCCGGUCCACGGCUCGGCCGUCAGCUUCGAGGUUCGCGACUUCCUGCACAUCAAGGAGAAGUACGACAACAACUGGUGGAUAGGCAGGCUGGUGAAAGAGAACUCGGACGUCGGUUUCAUCCCAUCCCCGGUGAAGUUGGAGGCCCUGAGGCAGCAGGCGAGCGCUGCACGUGGUACAAAGGGUCUCUAUUCGGCGCGUGGAGGGUCUUCAGGGAACCUUGGCGAGAGUGGUAUGCCCUCACGUGGUUCCACACCACCUACACCAGGUGACGACAGCGACAGCGUGCGGGGCGGUAAGGCAACGUUGACCACACCACCGGCCAAGGAGAAAAGGAAGAACUUCUUCAAGAAGCCGUCCUACGAAACGACCACACCUUACGACGUCGUACCAUCCAUGAGGCCUGUCGUGUUGGUCGGCCCAUCGUUGAAGGGUUACCAGGUCACGGACAUGAUGCAGAAGGCGUUGUUCGACUACUUGAAGCAUAGGUUCCGAGGCAGGAUAAUUAUCACCAGGGUAAUGGCGGACAUUUCAUUGGCAAAAAGAUCGUUACUCAACAAUCCAACGAAACGAGCCAUCAUGGAACGAUCCACCAGCAGGAGCAGUUGUUUGGCCGAGGUUCAAGCCGAGAUCGAGAGGAUCUUCGAGCUCGCCAGAACCCUUCAGUUGGUAGUGUUGGACUGCGACACGAUCAAUCACCCGUCUCAAUUGGCCAAGACUAGUCUGGCGCCGACGAUCGUCUACCUGAAGAUCUCCUCGCCCAAAGUGCUCCAGAGGUUGAUCAAGUCGCGAGGCAAGUCGCAGAUCAGACACCUGAACGUGCAGAUGGUGGCCGCCGAGAAGCUCGCCCAAUGCCCGCCCGAGAUGUUCGACGUGAUCCUGGACGAGAAUCAGCUGGAGGAGGCUUGCGAGCACGUGGCAGAGUACCUGGAAGCGUAUUGGAGGGCCACGCAUCCCCAAGUGAUCCCUGCCGUGCCACGUCCCAUUCCUGCACCGGAUGCACCGGUCGACGUGCUCACACCCCGCGUCACAUCAGGUGCCCAUCGUGAGAGUUACUACGGCCACGAGCCAAGAGGACACAGCGGUGGACACGUGAGCGAGGGGAGCCGGAAGUCGAGGCUGGAGAGGAUGGAUCGUGAUCGGGGCGAUCGUGGUGAACACGACUACGGCAACGAGGAGGAAUCGUACGUCAGUGGCGUCGAUUACGGGAGCGCAUCUAGGCGUCGCCAGCAGCAAGACCCGCGCGCAUUGAACGCCAUUUAGGAGCUGGGGCCCCGGGGCCUGUCGCUACAGCGCUGUCCCCACCUGCGCACCACUGCUCUUUAGUGGGGGUCGCCACCUGGAAUUCCGUAAAACGAUGGGCGGGUUGAUAAUCGAAUGUCCUUCCUUGUCGAUGAAGGUACGCACAGGAUAAAUCCCCCAUUCGCGGAGCCAGCUCAACGAGAUGAGUAUGUACACAGAGAACAAACCAAAGAAAAUUAUUAUUACAGAAUCAGAGAGCGAUAAGAGAGGUAUUAAGAUUAUAUAUUACAUGCGAGUGUGAGGGAAAAAAAAAGAAAGAAUGAGAGGAAAAAAGAGCCCUGGGGCCUUAAUUUUUUGCGCUGACUCCUCCUGGGCCCCUAUACCCACCCCCACGAGAAUCAUAAGAUUUUUUAAGAUCGAUGAUUUAUAAUAGGAGAAAUGCUCGUGAAUCGGCAUCGGGUCUUUGUUAAAAGAAAAAAAAAAAAAAAAAAGAAACGCCACGAGAUCUUAAUUAGCUCGAAAUUAGAUAAAUAGACGAUCGUUCGGACGAUUAACGAGAAAAUCGGAAAAGAGAGAGAAAAAAAAAGAAAGGGAGAAGAAAAUGGAAAAGAGGAACGAAAAGAGAAAUUUUUCGCGUAGAAUUAUUUCGAUUCGGCCGACGGAACAAAGCGAUAGUUUGCUUCGAUUUAGGUUGAGAAAUGGUUGAGGGAGGAUAAAAAAAAAAAAAAUAUAAAGAUCGAGAAUCAUUCUAGCCGAUUACCUUAGGAUCGAUCGCAUGAUUAAAUUCUUAUUAUUAUAUAUAUAGAGAUUUAUUAUAUAUAGAAAUUUCGUGGCGCGUUCGUCGCGAGAUUCGAAAAAAAAUUUCACGAUUUCGCGUGAUGAGAGAAAUAAACAAAGAGAAAUAGAGAAAAAAAAAGAAAAGAAUCGAAUAAAAGAUGCGUGGCGAUGGGUUGGGAAUCAGAGAUAAUCAAUUAUCGUACACACACACGAUUGAAAGUUUUCGAUUUUCGAUGGCGCGUUGAUGAUCGCCGCGCUAGGUUGACGUGUUUAUACGUUUUAUUAGAGUCUAUUUGGUGAAAUGAAUACAGGUAUACACAUGUUACACGUACACAUACAGACGUACAUAUAUAUAUAUAUAUAUAGGACAUACGAUACACAGAAACACGGAGAAACACAUUUUGUGUAUAUAGUAUACAUAUAUAAAAAUAAUGAUAUAUAUAUAAAAAAAAAAUUAUAUAUAUAUAUAUAUAUAUUGUAUACGUAUGUACGCAGUAUGAACACUUCCACGUUCGUCGCUCGACAAAAAGAAUUCCGAUCGAGAUUAACGAGUGAGAGAAUGAAAAGAAAGAAGAAACGAGUGAAAGAGAAAAUGAAAGAAAUUAGAGUGAAAGAGAUGAAAAAGUGAGGCGAGAGAAAUGAUGAUACUAUAUAUUACCAUAGAAUCAAUAGAUAUCGUGUAAAUAUUGUAUAAGAAGCCUUUAAAAAGAUGAGUCCUUUCCGUUUCCGAUCUUUUCCGUGAAUGUGACAGUGUCGUAAACUGAUGAUGAUGGUUGGAAAAUAUUUGUCGGAUUUCAUCAUUAUUUUUACGGAUCUAAGAUUCACUUCCGCUCCUCGUGAUCAAGCGUGGACGCUUUUGAACUAUGCACUACGAACUUGCUGCAACUAAAAAUACGAAAAAUAUUUAUGAUAUGAUUGAUUCGAUACAUAUAUAUAUAUAUAUAUACACAUACACACUUCAUACACAUCACUCACUCAUACACGCGUGUACACAUAGAAACACAAUCAAAUUGCACUAGCGCCCUCGUGCAGGAUAAUAUAAUAGCGAAUUGACAAGUUACGAGUUAUAGGUUGCGAUAUUUUAUUAAAAAAAAUUUUAUAAUUUUACGUCGAUGUUGAAUGACUUGAAAUUUAUAAAAUUUUCCCUGAAGUUGAAAUUUCCUCCUGUUCGUUCAAGUCGGAGCUCGAUUAAUUUCGACUCUAACUCUGAUCGAUUUGUAAAUUUCUCACCGAUAAUAUUAUCGUUUAAUCGCGCAAGAAGGCCCGAUUUUUACCCGAGUGCAAUCGUGGCAAACCGAUCGUGUUCCGAUCGUUCGUGUUAUAUUGGAUUUUUUUUAGAGGCACGCAUCAACGUUGUUUCUUAAGUAGAACGAACGAGUUCUCGAGCACGCCGCUCUCUUUGCAAAAAUAACCUUGCGCACGGCCGAUAUAUAAUUAAACGUCAAAAAAGACAAAAAAAAUAAAAAUAAAAAUUGAAAAAAAAAUAAAUAAAUAAAACACACAUAACGUAAUGAAUUUUUCUAAAAGAAUAAUAAUUUAGGAAAUUUUAGCUACGAACUUAUGUAUUAUUAUUAGAACUUAGCGAAUACGAAGCGUUUUCUUUCCUUAGGAACGAUUACGUUCAAGAAUACUUUCAACGCACGAAAUGUGUACCAUUGCUUUGUGAAAUUUUUAGCCAAAUUUGAUCACAACGAUCGUUUCCGCACUCGUAUCUCGACCGAUCGCUGGCACGUUUCUUUUUUUUCCUUUGAGAAGAGAAUCAGAAGAGGGAAGAAAACGAUCGGUAACGAAAUCUUCGCAUUACAUGCUCGUUAAGCGAAAGAUUCCCUCGAAACUCGAGCGUGGGUCGCGAUUCCAUUACAUCUUCCGCUUCCUUUCAUCCAUCUGUUAGCGUUUCAUGGAAAAGUGAAUUCGAAUUCUUAUCAAACAUAUCGUUCAUUCACUGUUGAAUGAUCGUAUCGACAGUUGAAGAGAUCAUCACAGAGAUAUAUUCGCGAUAUUGUUAAUUAAAUUUGAAUGGCAUCACCAAAUGAGUAUGUUCUUAUUCUUUGCUUGAUAUUCGUUGAACGAAUUUUAUUUUAUUGGCUGGGAUAAUUGCUCUUGCUCUAAUUUUUCUUGUCCAAGAUCUUUCAUAAAGAAGAGAAGCCGAAGAAUCGAUAUAGAAUAAUGGAACGAUCCGAUUUUCCACGUUUUCGAGUUUCGCGAGGAAUUUAUUCGAGUAUUAUUGGUUGCUCGAAUUUAUUAAUCGCUGACUAGUAAAAUGUUUUUGUAAGCCAGCGUUUGUAAAUACUAGAUGAAAAUAUAUAUAUUUGCAAACCACUGGUGAUGUCUAUUCUCGAGGAUACUCGUGCUUCUACUUCGGCAUAAAAGAGUCUAUACAUUCGAAGUACAAAACGAGCGCGUGCUAUUUUUCCUUUACUCGAGACUGUGUUCGAAAGUGAUUUGCAAUUUGAAUGCCGGAUAGUGGCUAGUGGAGUUUCUUUCGAACUAUGUUUCCUCGCGUCUAAUCGAUGCUGUUCGUAUCAAAAACUUGUCAUUAACGCGCGUCCGCUCCGUUAUUUUAACAUAAAAAGAAUUAAAUCUGUUCCUGCGAUUAUAUAAAUACGAAUAGCGUUGCGACGCUUAGGCCAACCGAUUUUUAAAUCAUACCUAUUGUAUACUACUGUACUUUUUCUAGACGUCAUCCGACGUAAGUUAAAACGAUCGAUAGAGGAUGUGUAACGGUGUCCAGUCGACGCCUAUAGCGAAAUGGAAAUUUUUUAUAAUAUUUUCUAAGAGUCUCGAUAGGCAAACGGAUUAUUAAAAAAAAAAGAACCCACGUCACGCAGAUCUGAAAAUACGAAAAAUACGACGUCUUACACGAGUCAUAAAUAUAUAUAUAUAUAUAUACGUACAUAAACGAUCCACAUCCACGAAUCAUACGAUACCCUUGAUAUUUCUUCGAGAAAACGAUCCCCUAAUAGUUACUGACGCGAGUAUCCGUCGGUUCGUAAUGAUUUUUUCGGUUUAAUUAGGAAUAUUAUCGGCUUCCAGUCCGAUCUUUCUUUUCGAUAAUAUCGUUGGAAUACUAGCGUAUCUGCAACACGUCCAUUAGCGCGUUAAAUUAAGAGGCAAAACGAGAGAGAGGAAAAAAAAAAAAUUAAAUAAAUUGUAAUCCUAACUUUAUAGCUUUCGAUCAGACAGCAAUUCGGAUUUACGUAAAAUGAAAAAAAAAAUAAAUAAAUAAAAAGUCUCUGUAGUGUUUCUCCGAUCUAGGAUUAAAAAAUGAAAAAAAAAAAGAAAAAAAAAAGAAAGAAAGAAAAACCUCGCACGCGAGAAACUCGUUCGAUACGAUAUAAAAUCGACACUACUUCUGUUCUAGUAAGGAGAUGAAGAGAAAAAAAGGAAAAAGAAAAAAAAAAUCUUCUCUUAAAAGAAAACUUAAAAGAAAAAAAAAAGUAUUAAAAAGAAAAAAAAUAGACGAAAAAAAGAAAAAUUCGCAGAGCAAAGAAGAAAAAACCAAAAAAAAAAAAAGGAAAUUCACCGGAAAAUAAUACGCGAUGACACGCAGGAACGUUGAAAGUCCAAUCGGGAACACUAAUCGAAUAUUAUAUCUCUUGAAAAACUCAACGAGAACAUUACUACGAGUGUUUAAUUAUCGAUGUUUAAGCUGUCUAACGAAGAAAGACGGAGAGACGAGAGAGGGAAGACUGGAAGCGAGGGCGAGCCUUUCUUCAAGGGUAGUAGAGGGUCGAAAGGGCGCAAGUACAAUUCGUUCGAUGUAUAAAGAAAAAAAAAAAAAAGAAAAAGAAAAAGAAAAAAAAAUAGGGCGCGAAUUGAUCUUUAAAAAAUUAAUUAGAAGUGUGUUGUUGCGUUGGCUUGCACCGUGUGCACGUGAACGUGUUGUUGAAAAAAAUAAAAAAAAAUAAAAAAAAUAAAAAAAAAUAAAAAAUUCAGGCUGCUUUUUGCCGGCGUCGCGGCGAACAAUUUUCGUGCGAUCGAUCGACGCCUUCCUCGAAGAAUGCAACCCCCCCCCCCCCCCCCCCCAAUUACGAAUGGUUGGAAGGUCCAAGAAGAAGACGAAGAAGAAGAAGAAUAAGAAGAAGAAGAAAUAAUAGAAGAAUAAAAAACCGCGAGAAUCGCGAAGCAUUGACGAAGAACGAUCUAUACUUUCCUCUUAAAAUUUAUUCUCUCCUUUCAAAAAGAUUUUUCUUCUUUUUUAAGUAAAAGAUCUUCCUCUUCGUGAAUGCGGACCGUGCCUCGACGUGCUUUUAGAGAUAUCGCGAAACGCCUGUCCUUGUAAACGAGCCUUAAGGCUUUCGCAAUGAAAUAUUGUUGGUUGCGUGAUUUCGAAAGUAUAUAUCUCGUGUGUUUAGUGAGAAAAUACGAGAAGGGAGUAAGAGAGAAGAAAUUAAGGAUGUUAAGGAUCGCGAUGGACGCUCCAUUGUUGGUUCGACUCGAUGAUCGUGAUUUUCGUCUUCGAUUAUGCAUAUAAUUUGAUAAACACGCAAAUACUCGAAUAGAAAAAGGAAAAAAAUCGACGCGAUAUAAAAUUGGCUUCUUUUUCCAGCUUCUUCUUGGCUGCUGCUACUGCUUUUGAUUUAUUCGAGUAGACAUAACCUAAAAGAAAAAAAAACAUGGUUAGUAAAAAAAGAAAAGAAACGUAAGAGAUUUGGUGACUUACCGUCGAUCACAUGUUUUAGAACGUUUUAGAAUUAGCUUGUUAGAGACAAAUAGAAAUUGCAUAUGAUCUAAAUAUUGUUAAAAAAAAAAAAGAAACGCAGCUAAAUAUUCGUCGAGAAUUUCUUUUUUUUUUUACAAUUAAUAUUCGAUGAAUAGAAACGGUGUCUCGCAUACGAUCGUCGAUUCGAAUCAACCGGCGUCACAUCGAGGACGACGAUUGUCCUGUCGUGCAAGUAUAUCAAUUCUAACGUGUUCAAUUUCGACGCUUUCACGCGUGUCUAUCCCACGUGGCGUGUACACGUAUCCCCAAAAAGGAAAAAAAAUAAAUAAAUGGGAAACGUAACGCACCCACGCCCUCAGUCACUUUAUUUUCUUUUGCGGCUGGUUCGUUGGAUCAAAGAUUUUUCCCUGUGUAUAUUGUCUAUUAUUCCCUGGCGCGAUUGAUUUCGAUUGUGGACAAGCAAACGAAGGAAGGAAAGAGAUGUAAGAAAAUCGAAAGAGAGAGAGAGAGAGAAGAGAAUUUUAUUUCAUUGUUGUCGCGGAGGAAUCAGCGUGCGAAUAAAAAGUGUAAAGGGAGUAUUAUUAUUCAGAAGGAUAAAUUGAUUUUGCUUCGCUAUUUACAAACGAAUCGAACGAUUCGUCUAAUCGUAUCGUAAGUGUGACGAAUGAGAUGAGAGAGAUGAAAGAGUGUGUGUAUAUGCCUGUAUGCGUUUGUAUGUGAACGAAAUUUUUGACGAGAGAAAGAGAGAAGACGGAUGAUGCAAGAUGAUGCGAAGAGAGAAGAGAGGAUUACGAGGUUCACGAAAAUGCGAGAUUGUUCGGAGAUGGAGAAUUGAGGCGAUUAAUUAAUCGGAGAUGUUGUAAAUUGUUCUAAAUAGCAAAAAUGAAAAAGUGCUACGGCCGUGGCAGCGCGCCCUUCGAGAAUUCGUCGACGGUUCAAAUUCUCCGUCCAUUUUGACCGGGACGCGAGGGAGAUUCGAAAUUAUUAUUUUGGGAACAGAGAAUCGGGGAUCGAUUCGAUCGAUGGAUCGGAAUUAAUUUCAUCUUCGACGAAAUCUCGAAGCGGCGCGAUGCUUUGAUCGUUUCGAUGUUAAUAUGUCAAUGCUGUGAUGUUAUCCUUUGAAAAACUUCAAACGAAAAAAAAAAAAAAGUAUAUUCCCCUCCCCCGUUCCCUAUUUGUCCCUACAUUCCUGAAAUUCCCCUCGACACGGUCCCCCUCCUCCCCUUGUCCAAAUUUUUUCCAGAAAGUAUCGCGCAAGAAGAAUCCUUUCUCCUCGGAAAAAUGAAUAUUUCUAUUAUUGUAACACUCCGCAUAGUCCUGAAAAGAAAAAAAGAAAAAAAAAUAGCUAGAUUCUAAUCGUAUUUAAUGUAAAGUUUAUUAUUGUUACAUCUCAGUGAUUCUCUCCUCUAUCAGUGAUCUCACGGAGAGGGCGACACGGAGAGGGAGAAGAGAAUGCGCGCGUUCAAGAUUACUAGAGGAAGAAAUUGAGAUUUCACAAAGGAGUUACUGUUAAGGAUUAUCCUGAAAAUAUAUAGCGAUCGAUAAUCGACCAACCCCCGUUACACGUUCGUUUCUCUCCGAUACGUCACUGGUAAACCAAAAUUCCUACAUUUGUCGCAUUUGUAAAUAAAAUUUUUAUCAUCACACGAA